UGACGUCACUUCAGUACCUGUCAGUGGCUAAUCCGCGCCCGUUCAGGCUGGGGCAAGACGCAAUCCGCUUCGAAUCUUGGCUACGAAAAAGCUAACGGUCAUAGAGGCCAAAGAGGGAAGAAAAGAAUACUCAUUUUUUCAAAAAAUCUAUUCCAAAAUAGUAAAAUAAGGGGAAAGAAAAUAAAAUUAAGGCAGAGGAUCUCAAUCCUAAGAAAUCUUCCAAACCACCGUUUCCUAAUGGCAGAAUCGCCUCAGUUUCGCAUUGGUGCUUCAAUGAAGGAAUCUCCAAUCUGUUCUGAAUUCCUUCCUUGCAUUCGAUAUUACUUUCCCAACUUCUUUAGAGAAUGUGCUUUGUCCUCUGAUCAGACCUUUCCCGGGGCCCGCUUCUGUCAAGAAAUCCUCGCUUCCAAUCACUUUGUCUUCAUAGAAACCCGCCAUGGGAAAAAAUAAAAUACAAUAUUUUUAUAUAAAAUUAAUCCAAUUGAAUCAUCCAAUAAAUGCAGCAGCCCAUUCUGUAAAUUGCAUCGAUUUCCGAUGAGCAGCCCAAAAUCAUCAAAUUACCUCCAAAGCGAAAAUUGAGAGUUGUUCUCAUUUGAAUUUUUUUGGGUUUUUUGUUAUUUGUUCGAAUGGCUUCUUCUCCAGUCACCAUUGUUGAGAGCAUGCCCGAAGCUGUGAAGCAGAGCCGCUACGCGAUGAAGAGGUGUUUUGCAAGGUACAUCAGUAAAGGGAAAAGAUUAAUGAAAUCCCAUCAUUUACUGGAGGAAUUGGAGAGAUCGAUUGACGACAAGGGCGAAAGAAACAAGGUUUUGGAGGGCUUUCUUGGCUACAUCAUUUGUUCCACUCAGGAGGCAGCUGUUGAUCCUCCGAACGUUGCGUUGGCAAUAAGAUCCAACCCCGGAAUGUGGGAAUAUGUUAAGGUGAAUGCAGACGAUCUGGUAAUAGAUGCGAUCACGGCUUCAGAGUUCUUAAAAUUCAAGGAAACCAUCUCCCAUGAGAACUGGGCAGUCGAUGAAAACUCAUUAGAAGUGGACUUCAGACCCUUUGAAUUUCAUACACCUCAUAUGGCCUUACCUUCAUCGAUCGGUAAUGGGGUCCAAUUCGUUGCGAAAUUCUUAUCCUUGAAACUCAGGCGGGACUCCAAGAGUAUGAAUUCUUUGCUGGAUUACUUGAUCGCUCUUAAUCAUCGAGGAGAAAGUCUUAUGGUUAGCGAAGGCCUCAACAAUGUGAAGAAGCUUCAGAUGGCAUUGCUCCUGGCGAGAACGUUCCUCAAUGCACUUCCCAAAGAUACACCAUUCCGUAAGUUCGAGCUGAGAUUCAAGGACUGGGGUUUGGAGAAAGGAUGGGGUGAUACUGCCGAACGGGUCGGAGAGACAAUCAAUGCGCUCUCUGAGAUACUUCAAGCGCCGGAUCCUUUGAAUAUGGAGAAGUUCUUUAGUAGAGUUCCGACAACCUUUAGCAUUGUUAUUUUCACACCCCAUGGCUACUUUGGGCAAGUGGGUGUUCUUGGUUUGCCUGAUACUGGUGGUCAGGUAGUUUAUAUUCUAGAUCAAGUAAAAGCCUUAGAGGAGGAAAUGCUACUCAGAAUUAAGCGGCAAGGAUUGACUGUGACGCCUCGAAUUCUGGUGGUUACACGGCUUAUACCAGAAUCUCGGGGGACUACAUGUAACCUGGAAUUGGAGCGGAUCCUGAACACUAAACAUUCACACAUUCUCCGAGUGCCAUUCAUGACAGAGGAUGGAGUCCUGCGCCAUUGGGUUUCUCGUUUCGAUGACUACCCCUACCUAGAGAGAUUUGCCAAGGACGCAUCUGCCAAAAUCAUCGAGCACUUGGAAGGAAAACCAGACCUGAUCAUCGGAAAUUACACAGAUGGAAACUUGGUGGCAUCUCUAAUGGCAAGCAAGCUUGGGAUAACUCAGGGAACCAUAGCCCAUGCUCUGGAGAAGACCAAGUAUGAAGAUUCAGACAUCAAUUGGAAAGAACUAGACCCAAAGUACCAUUUCUCAUGCCAAUUCACCGCUGACAUAAUCGCCAUGAACACAACUGAUUUUGUCAUCACCAGCACUUUCCAAGAAAUCGCAGGAAGUAAGGAUAGGCCUGGACAGUAUGAAAGCCAUGCUGCAUUUACACUUCCAGGGCUAUACAGAGUUGUCUCAGGCAUCAAUGUCUUCGAUCCUAAAUUCAACAUAGCGGCCCCUGGCGCUGAUCAAUCCAUGUAUUUCCCAUAUACAGAGAAAGAAAAAAGGAUGACAUCUUUUCAUCCGGCCAUUGAAGAGCUACUCUACAGUAAAGAACAAAACAAUGAGCAUAUAGGAUUUCUUGAAGACAGGAAGAAACCCAUCAUCUUCUCAAUGGCAAGACUAGAUAUAGUGAAGAACAUCACCGGAUUAACGGAGUGGUAUGGUAAGAACAAGCGGCUGAGGGAAUUGGUAAAUCUUGUUGUUGUCGCAGCCUUCUUCGAUGAGUCCAAAUCGAAAGACAGAGAAGAAAUGAGCGAGAUAAAGAAGAUGCAUAUGCUGAUUGAGAAUUACAAACUAAAGGGCCAGAUCAGAUGGAUAGCAGCUCAAAAUGAUAGAAUCCGGAAUGGAGAGCUUUACCGUUGCAUCGCCGAUACUAAGGGAGCUUUCGUGCAGCCUGCCUUGUAUGAAGCAUUUGGUCUUACAAUCAUCGAGGCGAUGAACUGUGGACUACCCACCUUCGCAACCAAUCAAGGUGGGCCAGCCGAGAUAAUUGUUGAUGGAGUUUCUGGCUUCCACAUUGAUCCAACCAAUGGAGAUGAAUCGAGCAACAAGAUUGCAGAUUUCUUUGAGAAAUGCAAGCAAGACAGGGAACACUGGUAUAAGCUGUCCAAGGGUGGGCUUCAACGCAUUGAGGAGUGCUACACGUGGAAGAUCUAUGCAAACAAGGUAAUGAAUAUGGGGUCAAUCUACAACUUCUGGAGGCAAGUGAGCAAGGAAGAAAAACAAGCCAAACAGCGGUAUCUCCAAAUGUUUUACAAUCUCCAGUUCAGAAACUUGGCAAAACAUCUGCUAAUGGCUGCAUCUGAAACCAGAAAACUUGAAUCAUCAACACUAGUGGGGAAACCUCAACCACCAAAAAGCAAGAGUCCACAAUCGAGAUUCUCAAGAGUUUUCUUAAGCUGCUUCCAUUCAAAACAAUCUUCUUCAAAAGCAUGAAGGACAUCAACUCGGCAAGCUUGAAAUCGCCUUGGUUGGAGUUUGGUGGCGAUUAUUCCACUUUCAUUUCCCAACGUUCGAUUGAAAUUGUUUUGAACAUUUAUAUUUGUAAUUAAACAAAAAUAACAGAAGAUGUGUUCUAUUGAGCAUUGUUGAUUGAAUGAAAGGCUUGGGGUGUUUGUGGUUUU